AAAUAAGAUGUGUCAAAAAUAAAUUAUAACUAGAAAAAAACGGGAGAGUAAUCUAGGUAAGGAGGUAAACAUGAAUAAAAAGGGGGAGGGGAAGGAAUAAGAUAGAGAAAAGAUAGAAGAAAGGACUAAUCAGUCGGUUGAUCUGUCAGUUGGUUGCACGUUGAUCGUAGAAAGCAGAGUGGUUUAUAGGAACGAUAAUCGUGAGGGGCGUGAGCGCAUGCGUAUUAGUGUCGCGAUAGGGGUGCUACAAGCGCAAGUCUGUCAGAGAACGGAGCAACAGAGUGUCGUUGUGUACACCCUCGCCCACGUAUCGCGACGCUCCUCGAGGAAGCGUCCACGCUUUUUUCCUGCGAUAAUAAAGUCUCUUGGAAAGCUAAACUUGUCGCCGUCACCCGUGUCUUUUUUCUAUCCGUGAGCGAACGAGAGUAAAUAAAAUAAUCAAAUAGAUAUCUAUAUAUAUAUACAUAUAUAUAUAUAUAUAUAUAGAGAGAGAGAGAGAGAGAGAGUGAAAAAGGGUGAAAAGGAAUUAUAAUUAUACGAUGCGUUCCUCAUUCUGGUUGACUUAUUUAUCGUGCCCGAUCGAGAGACGCAAGUAAGCUGGCUCGAGGUAUUUUUUUUAAAUGUGUCACCACGGACGAGUAUGACUCUGGCUGGAUCAGACCAUUUCUUAACGGUACCUGUGGAAGCGACUGCAUUUCUGGGUGCCGUUGCUGGUUUUAUCGUCCUAUUGCUGGCCAUCUUUCUCUAUCUUUCUCGUAAGUGGUGCUUCACACCGCCCACCUCGGCUGCCCUCUUCGGUGGAGUUUGCGUUCCUCUUUGCGACUCCAGCAAUAGCUCUACAUCUCAAAUAUCGAAAAAUAUAGGAAAGUCAUUUUCUUAUUCGGAUCCAGAAACUAGCUCGGAUUCGGAAGAAGACGCUUUAAGAAGAUUGAAUUCGCAUCCUCAUCCACCACCAGAUACGUUGACUAUACAAGCCGAGGAUGGUCCAGCGAUCGUUGACGCUGGAACUACUUCAAGUAGUUGCACCGAGGAACAUUCGCCAGCAGUACAACAGCAACAGUGCGUAGUUGAAGUUGGUGCCUCCAGUAUUAUACUCGAUAAUAGAGAACAGGAGGCAGAGAUCGAACAGAAUGUACCUGCGACGAAUGACGUUAUUACGACAAUGGGAGCCGUGCCAGAAGAAAUUGGUAGUUUGGAAGUUGCUUUUCUUUACGAUGCACCUAUGCGUGAGAUGACGGUACAAGUUUUACAAGGACGAAACUAUCCAGCCGGAAUCGGUGGUAGUCAAGUGCGUUUAGUAUUGUUACCAUCUAAGAAGCAAAGACGUAAGACUCGCGUUAGACAGGGUAACUCACCCCAAUAUAUGGAAAGUUUCCUUCUCCCUCGUGUUAAUCCAGAGGAUGUGAACGCUAUGGGAGUACGAUUAAGAGUUUAUUUAUGGGGCGGUAGAAUGCGUAGAGAAAGAUUGCUCGGAGAAGCUAGAGUCUCCUUUGAUCAAAUCAACCUACAACUCGAAACCACUCUUUGGUUAACUUUACAACCACCGCCAUCUUCGGUUCAGGAUUGGGGUACGAGCAGCAGUUUGACGCGUAGCGAUUCUACGGGUUCUCAACAAUCUGUUCAAUCAUAUGCAUCACCUACCAUACCACCAUACGGGAGUAGCAUGAAAGGUGGAAGCGUUGCGGAAAUAUUAAUAGGGCUAUCUUAUAACGGUACGACUGGACGAUUAUCGGUAGAAAUUAUCAAGGGUUCUCAUUUCCGUGGAGGUGGAGGUAACGAUACUAAACCACCGGAUACUUAUGUGAAAUUGGCUCUCGUCGAUAGCAAUGGUCACGAGAUGAGUCGAUCUAAGACGGGUUUGAAAAGAGCUCAACCAAAUCCACUUUAUAAGGAAACCUUUGUUUUUCAGGUCGCUCUCUUUCAACUAGGUGACGUGACGCUAUUGGUUUCGGUUUAUAAUCGGCGAAGAGGCGGUAUGGGCAAGAAGGGAAGAGAGAUGAUCGGUUGGCUCUGUUUAGGUUUUAACAGCUCCGGAUCAGAAAAAUUACAACAUUGGAACGACAUGCGUGCGGCCCGACAGCCAACGCAAGUUCAACGCUGGCACUCACUUUUACGUCCUUGAAGCGAAAAAAGGAUUCGCUCUAAGAACUAUACAAAGAUUUUCCUCGUCUUUAGGCAUUUAUUUCAAACAACAUCGGACAAAGCGAGUCCCGCCGCGUGCACUGCCCGACUGGAAAAAGAAAACGAAGAAAAAGGAAACCAUCACACAUAUGCGCAUGAAUCCAAUAAUAAGCGUUUCAUCUGUCGAUAGAUAGAUAGAUACUGCGUUACAAUCAGAGCUGCUUGCUAUCGUAAUAUAAGCGCUAAAAAGAAAGAAACAGAAAAAGAAAAAAAAAAUCACUCUGAGUUGUAAACUCUAUACUCGAUGUACCAAGUACAUACAUACAUACAUUCCCCUUUUUGAUACGGUGGAGGGAGUCGAGGGUGUUUUCGAUAUAUUUCAUCCACUACGGUGGCACCACCGACUUCGUCGAAAUCACGAAUUUGUGGCAUGAGAACUCUCCGACUCGGAUAUAUGUGCCUGAGCCAAAACCUUGAUCGUUUAUUUUUUACUUUGUGCCUUUCACCCUUUUUAGGAAAUGUCGUGAUAGUCCCAACUGUGACACAUUGUGACACAUAGGGAAGACGUCUAAGGAAAGGAGAGAACGAACGCGCGUGUAUGUAUGUGUGUGUGCAUGUGCGUGUAUGCUUCUUUGUGCAAUGAGAGUAAAAGAGAGAAUAAGAAAAAAAUUAGAGAGAAAAAGAGAAUGAAAGAAGGAAAACGAAUUGAAAAUUCGAUUCAAGCUGCAAGUGUACCGAGUUUUAUCUUUGCUCCGCGGUAAUUUUUCAAUAUAUAUGUAUAUAUUGAAUAUUUUAGUAUGCAGUAAUAUCUUCAUACUAAUUAGUACGACGGAUUUUGGUGUCUUGAGAUGAUGGUUCGAGAAUGGAUUGGCGUUGUGCGAUGCUGAAUGGAUAAGUAUAUGAUGACGAGGAGGACACGUUCACAAUUCAAUGACGCACAAUAAAUCGCAAAACGCACCCCGUUGAUGCAGAUGUGAUGAUGAUCAUAGAUUAUCGAUUUUAUUAUCGACAUAGAAAUUUAUGCGAUUGUAAUUUAUAAGUACGAAUAGAUCUAUAUAGUUACGUUACUACUAUCUACGCGUUUAAUAAUAGAAGGAAUUGGAUAGUGAAGAAGAAGAAGAAGAAAAAAAAAAAAAUAGAAAAGAAAAAAAAGAAACGAGCGAGAGAGACUGAUCAACGGAUAAGCUACGAAUCAUUUAGAGCUUGAUUUUUUCAAGCCUUACAACAUGUAAUAGUCUUUUAGUCAUUAAUGAAACAAAAAAAAAACAAACAAAAAAAGAAAAUUAAUCCAUGCUCGAACUGUUUUGUCGUUUAUGUCUUAGGCACAAAAGCGAUUAUACAAAAAGGGCUCAGAAGUUGACUCGUUGGUUAAAUAUAAAUACACGCUACAUUACAGCUUCGAUUUUCUUUAGCACUUCUGGUUCUAGUACACUUAAAUACCGAUUAAUAUCUAGCUCUCUAAUUAAUUUAGCUAUCAAAUAAGAAAUCGCGAUAAUACGCUAAAAGGUCUUUACAAUUGGAUCAAGAGAAAUGAAUCUACGUUAGACAAAAUUCGAAGGAAUAAUAAUAUUAUAUACUUUAGUACUUUUUAGUGUUAUUUACUUCUGAGUCCUAACAGCAACAUGAUUGUACAUAACGUACUAUGUUACAGUCUGUUUAUAAAUGACACGAUAUGGGAAUGCAAGUAUUUGGGUCGCGCUUGCAUAUUUACAUACAUACAGACAGACAAUUGUACACUCUUAAGAAUGUUCUCAUUACAAAAAUGAAUUCUUUAUUUGUCUGUAAUCCAUCGUCGAAAUGAAAUAAUCGUAAUAAGUCGUAAAGGUGUAUCUUAUGACUCUCUCAUUGCAGGAGCACUAUUUCGUGAUUACAUUGCCUUAUAUAUCACUUCGUCAAGUUACUCUAAAGAAUUCAAAGAAUUCGUUAAAACUUGGCUAUUUCUAUGCCCAGUGAACGCUAUAAAAACGUUACGAUCUUAACAAACGACAUUAUUUUAAAGAUCGUUUGUUAAAAAGAUGUAUGCCAAAUUAAGAAACAAAGAUUUUAUGCAAUUAAUGAGAUCAAGAUGGUGCGGAUUAACGUAUAUCAUCUUAUUCGCGAUAUUUUUCAAAAAUUAUUAUAAAUGAAGAUCGCGAACGU